AUCCCGAGGAAUCCCCCACCGAUGAGUACAAUUUCCAAGGAAAUAAUUCCAUGAUGCAAAAUGACAGGAUUUCAGGGUACAGCCCCGAUUUGAAGGUGGUGCGUUUUGUCAAAGCCAAGAGCAUCGGGCUCCUUCUUACUGGUGGAAAUGACGUUGGGAUAUUUGUGUCUGGCGUGCAGGAGGGCAGCCCGGCUGAGACGCAAGGCAUCCAAGAAGGCAACCAAAUCCUUCAGGUGAACGAGAAGCCCUUCCAGAACUUGACGCGGGAGGAUGCCGUGCAGUACUUGAUGGAGUUGCUCCCAGGGGAAGAAGUGACCUUCCAUGUUCAAAACAAACAGGACAUUUACAAGAAGAUGGUCAAAUCCAACCUGGGAGAUUCGUUCUACAUCCGCACCCACUUUGAUUUUGAGAAAGAUACGCCUUCGGCCCUGAGCUUUACGCGGGGAGAAGUCUUCCACGUGGUGGACACGAUAUACCGGGGGAAAUUAGGAAGCUGGCUGGCUCUGCGGAUCGGAAAGGAACUUCAAGAGCUGGACAAGGGCAUUAUCCCAAACCAGAGCAGGUAGAAGCGUAUG